AUGACAGCAGUUCCGACUGAAUCAGCUAAUCGUUCGGCCGGUCUGAUCUCGAAUUGGCCACAGCAAAGAGACGGGAGAGCAGGCAAGAGCACCCGUGCACUUAUGCACUCAUGCACACAUACCUUCACAUGCAUACCAAAUCAACUUGAUGCGUCAUGGCAUACUUCAUACAAGUCAGAACUCGGCCAGUCAAUCGGAUGGAGGCAGGGGGAUGGGGACACUGGACGCCAAACGGGGGUGGAGAGCGGUCAGCUGACCGUUGUCACGAGCCGUCCCGACCAACAAUCGCUAUCACGGCCCUACAGGGCUGGCCCGAUGGCCGCAAUAUGGAGUGAAACCUCUUUUUAUCAACCUUCUGCCCAACUACCCUUACAGCCCACUUUAAUCCCCUCAUCUCUUCUUCGCGUUGUACACAUUCGCGAUUGUGGCUCAAUGCCGAGUACAUUAAGCGCCUGCAGCCAAGUGGAUUCCUUAAAGGCGGACGUCGAGACAACUCUUGACUGGUUCACUAAAUUGACCCUUGCAACGUCGGGCAAAUGUAGUUCUGCCGAAGACUAUGAUCGACUGGUCCAUCCGUUAGCAGAGAGGCUUCAAAGCAUCAUCGACGUCGCCUGGGGUGCCUGCUCUUCGUCCACCGAUCUCAUUUCACCACGACACUCAGCAUCACACGACACUGGCCAUGACAGAAACCUUCAAACCUCGUUUGCGGCACCCAGCAAUCCCGAAAAAUCCUGUUGUACUUCUUGCAGACUCAAUUCCCCUACUGCUAGUCCCCUUUGUGACAGAUGUGCUUUUAACCUUGAUCGACAGAUUGAUUGUUUUGACGUUUGCUAUCGACGCAGAGCCAACUCAGCCCAGUCGACUCCGCCCUUGUCGAAGAUUUCCGGCGCACAAUACGGCAGUCGAUUGCCACCGCAGCCAACCAGAUCGAUAUCUCAACCAACUUUACUCCAGCUCCGACCAAUGCAAGUGCACUUGAAACGUUGUACCCCACGUGAACAGGAUGCCAUCUAUAAUGCCCGCUACAAAACUGAACCAUGUCUACAUUACCAGCGGCAUAGGCGAUGCCCUCUAGAGGGUAACUGCCAUUUUGCCCAUGGUCCCCAGGAGCUCAGACAAGCCAAUGAUCACCCGAAGUAUCGUACCAGGCCAUGCAAAAAUUUCUUCCUCACAGGAAUCUGUCCAUUUGGCAGUACUUGUUUUUUUCAGCAUCAUCCACCGUCGAGGUUGUCGGCGUGCAGCGAACCCCUUUUGUGCGAGUUGUUGCCAAAAGUCAUCCAUUAA